AUGAGCCCAAGCUCUGCUGACUCUGCCCCCGACGCCGACUUUGCCUUUAACAUGGACGCUGCCACCGCCACCGAUGAUCGCAUCGACAAGUUUGAUGGUACGAACUUCCACACUUGGAAGUUCAAAAUUCAGAUGGUGCUGGAGGAGCGGGACCUUUGGGAAGUGACAAGAGGAGAGAUCAAGCUGGAACACCUUGCCACUAAGCUGGAUCAUUCAACGCUCAAGCGCAAGUCACGGAAGGCACUCGCGAUUAUCUGUCUUGCGAUGGAGGACUCGCAGCUGCCCCUGGUUCGGUCAGCAAGUGGAGCGUACGAUGCAUGGUCGCGGCUGGAAGGCCACUUUGAGAAGAAGAGCUUAGCCAACAAGCUCUUUUUGUGUCGCCGUUUCUUCACGGCCAAGAUGGAGGAAGGCGAUGAUGUGCUUUUGCACAUUAACAAGAUAAAGACACUGGCGGAACAACUCGACGCGGUGGGUGCUCCGGUCCGCGAAGACGACCUGGUAAUCACGCUUCUUGGAAGCUUAAGUGAGUCGUUUGCAUUUCUCAUUACUGCUUUGGAGUCAAGGGCCGACUCGCUGUCGUGGGAACUGGUGACAUCCAGGCUGCUACAUGAAGACAUGAAGCGCAAGGAGCAAGGCAGUGACGGGGUCGCUGCAGGCCAAGCGUUCAUGAAAGGUGAGAAGAAGCGUAGUGGACGGCCAUUCAAGAAGACUGGCGCGUGCAACUACUGCGGUAAGACGGGUCAUUGGAUCGCGGAAUGUACCUCGCGGAUCCAUGACAACGCGGACCGGCAGCGUCCGAAGCGUGCGAAUGUGGCGCACAACCAAGAUGAAAACUUGAACGAUUUUCUGUUUGCAGCUGGAUUGGAGAGAAACGACGACGACAGCGUCAAGAAUCCAGCAUGGCUCAUAGAAUCUGGUGCGACGCAGCGCAUGUCAUUCUCAAAGCGGUUUAUGACAAACUACAAGACCAUCGAUCCAGUUAACGUUCAUCUCGCAGACGACGGAGUCGUGCAGGCGAUUGGGACCGGCAACGUAGUAAUGAUGAUGAAGACACCAAGUGGUGCCAAGAAGGGUGUGCUUACGAAUGUGUGGCACAUUCCAAAGCUUUCACGCAAUCUGUUCUCAGUCGGCCGAUUCACCAAGGAUGUCGCGACAGUGACGUUUAAUACGAGCGCCUGUUAUGCAAAUUUCAAGAACCAGAAGUGGAAGAUCGGCGAGCUUGCCGGCAAAGGUCUCUUAAAACUAUGCAUGACACCUGUGCAAGUCGAGAGCGCGAACAUCGCAAGUGAAUUUAACAAGCCUCAGAUGAGCAAUUCAUACUUGUGGCAUCUGCGUCUUGGUCACAUUGGCCAUCGUGGACUCGACGCGAUCGUGAAGCAGAAUCUCGGUGUCGGCAUCGACAUUACAUCUGUGGGCAAGUGGGAGCUUUGCAACGGAUGCGCGCUUGGAAAGUAG